AAUAAGUGGUGUACGUGGUGUGCCCAACCAGAAACCAUAAAUAAAGGCACCACCCGACUGCCCUCUCAAUAUUCUGAACAACAAGUGGCAGCAAUGGGGUUUGGGGAUGCAAGAACUGAAUGGAUACUCAGAUUGUGUGCCAUUAUUUGCUUGGUUUUGACAGUUUUCUUGAUGGGUUUUGACAAGGAAACCACACAGAUCUUUGGAGUGGACAAGACAGCCUCUUUCAGAAGUUUGGGUGCUCUCAAAGUGAUUAUGUUUGUGGACUCCAUCGCAGCUGCCUACAACAUUCUUCAACUCGCCAAAUGUUGGAUUUCAGCUCACCCAAAACCACCCUUCCAAUUACAAACUCACUUUCACUUACCCCUAUUCUGGCUUUCCUUCUUCAUCGAUCAGGCGGGUGCUUACCUAACAUUUGCGGCAAACACGGCGGGGAUGGAGGCGGCGUUUGUGGCGGUGAGGGGCAACCAGGAGUUCCAGUGGAUGAAGCUGUGCAACAGAUUCCACAGAUAUUGCUACCAAGCUGCCGGAGCUUUCCUUUGUGGCUAUGCAGCUGUCCUUACAAUGCUUCUCAUCUCCUUCCUCUCUGCUUUCAACUUGUUUAGGCAUUACUCACCAAACCAUUUCCUGCGCCUCAAACCCAACAACAACUGAAUUCUUCUCCUUUUCUCUUAACCUUCCAACAUUUGUGCACUUGUGUCUACAACUCUAGGUUAGCGUAUUGUAACGUGUACGUGUGCACCCGGUUCCACUUACACAACCUUAUUCUUAGUACGGGUAUAUAGUUACGAACAACUUGUUUUAUUUAGAUUGGGAAUAAGAUAUGAGAUUAU